AUGCAUCCAGCCUCGCCGCAUAUGCAUCGCACAAGGAUUAAUAUAAAUGCGCCCGCUGCGGCCCAACCGCCAGAGCCUUUCCAGCUAACGGAUCUGCGUAGUGCCCAGCAACAUCAUCAUCAUCAGCAGCAACAGCAGCAGCAGCAGCAGCAACAACAACAACAACAUACCUCAACCACAUAUCAGGGCCUGAAAACAUCUGAAAACGAUGACAUGGGCUGUGUGGAGAUCUUGGCCACUGCCAUAUCAGUGCUCAUUAUGGUGCUGACGUUCCCCAUCUCAGUGUUCAUCUGCUUUAAAGUCGUCUCUGAAUACGAACGUGCCGUCAUCUUUCGAAUGGGUCGCCUGCGUAGCGGCGGGGCCCGAGGUCCGGGCGUUUUUUUCGUACUGCCCUGCGUGGAUGACUAUUGUAAGGUGGACCUGCGCACCGUCUCCUUCGAUGUGCCGCCACAGGAGGUGCUGUCCAAGGAUUCGGUGACAGUGACUGUGGACGCUGUGGUGUAUUAUCGCAUCAGUGAUCCCCUAAAGGCGGUCAUUCAGGUGUCCAACUACAGCCACUCAACCCGCCUACUCGCCGCCACCACGCUCCGGAACGUCCUUGGCACCCGCAAUCUCUCCGAGCUGCUAACGGAACGCGAGACCAUCUCACACACCAUGCAAAUGUCCCUCGACGAGGCCACCGAUCCCUGGGGCGUCAAGGUGGAGCGUGUGGAAAUCAAGGAUGUGUCGUUGCCCACGGCAUUGCAACGCGCCAUGGCCGCAGAGGCGGAGGCGGCACGUGAGGCACGCGCCAAGGUUAUUGCAGCCGAGGGUGAAAUGAAAUCCUCACGAGCACUUAAGGAGGCCUCCGAGAUCAUCUCGGCCAGUCCAUCGGCUCUGCAGCUGCGCUAUCUGCAAACACUGAGCAGCAUUUCGGCCGAGAAGAAUUCGACAAUUAUCUUUCCACUGCCCAUGGAGCUUCUGACACCCUUUCUCAACUCGUCCGCAAAUCUAUCAGCUGCUGCUGCCCUCCACCCACCCCCUGCGCAUCGACAUCAGCACCAUCAGUGACGGUCGAUGUCGGUGCUGCAGCCAUAUCUGGAGGCACUGCGUCUCUGCGAGCUGCGGCACGAGUGGAAUAACAGUAAUGACCAUGGCGAUGAUGAUGAUGGUGUGGGCUAUUUAUUGUAA